AUGAACGAGCUGACGGAGAUCUCCUCACACGCCUUCAGGAGCCUCCACCUGCUCCACGAGCUAACUCUUCAGAACAACCAUCUGAAGCAGGUUCCCUUUGAAGCACUGCAGAACCUCAGGAACCUGCGUUCUCUGCGUCUGGACGCUAACUUCCUGUCCCACGUGCCGGCGUCCUCCUUCAGAGGACUGCGUUCUCUGCGCCACCUGUGGCUCGACGAUAACGUGCUGACCGCCGUUCCUGUUCGGGCCCUCAGGGACCUGACGGAGCUGCAGGCGCUGACGCUCGCCGUCAACAAGAUUAGCCGCGUCCCAGACGGAGCGUUCAGCUCGCUCACACAGCUGCUCGUGCUACAUCUCCAUGACAACCGCAUCCACUCUUUGGGCCGGAGGAGUUUUGACGGACUGUACAACCUGGAGACACUAGAUCUAAGCUUCAACUGGAUCAACAGUUUCUCUGGAGCCAUCAAACACCUGAACAACCUGAGAGAGCUGAAUCUUCAGAACAACAACAUCUCUGUCGUCCCUGCAGACGCGUUCUCUGGGAAUCCGUCCAUCAGCACCAUAAACCUAAAGAACAAUCCUGUUCACUCUGUGGGACACUCGUCUCUACAGCUGCUGCCCGACCCCCAAACUAUGUUUUUGAGUGGACAAGGUCUCACAGGUUCAGUUGACUUUACGGGGACCAACAGACUGGAAACUCUGAAGUCAGAUCAGCUGUUCACCUUCACCUUCAUGGUUCACCACCGUGAAGAUGGCAGCAGCAAGAGAACCGCUGUCAUGGCAACGUGUUCCCUGGGUGUUCCAGGGCAGACGGUCUCUGUUGGUCCAGUAGGGACUCUGAUCCAGGACCUCCUGUCCUCUGAGGUAUCUUCCUCCUGCUCCUCCUGCUCCUCCUUCUCGGUCUGUGACAUCGAGGAUGAAGAAGUGAAACAAACAUCUGCUGAUUGA